AUGCUCAACUUCAUUGCGCUCAUCUCGCUACUUGGUUACGUCUUUUUUCUACUUUGGAUUGUGAUUUUUACGUGGCGGACCUCGCGCUGGGUCGGCGCUCGGGCGACAACCAACGAGAACGUCGCACAGCUGCGCUUCAGCACGUACCGCGCCAACCUCAGUACGCGCGUGUGGAUGCGCGAGCGCUCGACCAUGUGUGCGACCGGGUUUCUCGGGCUUGUGGCGUGGCACCUUGGCGCAAGUCAUUGCAAGUGCGGCUGGGUCAACACGACGUCCGUGGCCGACGACCCGGCGUAUAUCUGCAGCAUCAACCCGGUCGGGCACCUUUCCGACAUGACUGAAGUCGUGCGGCUACUGUCGUAUGCGUGGGUUUUCUUUGCUCUAGCGUUUCUCGAUCUUUUUCCCGGCCUCACUGUGCAUUUUGUGGGGUACGCGGUUGCUGUCGUGCUGCUGGCCUUGCUUCCGCUGUCGCUCUGGGCGAUUCUGUUGGCGUAUAUGAUGCGACUGUGGGCGUCGACGCCGUGGCUGAGAUGGAUGCACAGUCAUCUGUUUCUCGCGCUUCUGUGGUUAUGUGUCAUCUUGCUCAUGCGCAGUCGAUGGUUUAGUCUGUACCGUCGCUGGGUCGAGCGCUGCUUGUACAGCGUCGGCUUGCGCAAACAGAGAAUCGACGCCAAAAGCCCGCUCCGGUCGAUUCUCGGGGUCUACUUUUGGACGGACGCAGUCGAUGUGCGCGAUGAUGACACGGCGUACGUCCCGCUGAGCUUGCUCUUGCAGAUCAAGGACGUGGCGGUGGACCGCAUUCGUGACCACGAAUAUUGGUUGUGCCAGGAAGAUUUUGACGCGCCCGAUCGGAGCCAUAGGCUACCGACCACCCACCCCCACUGGGUCCUCGAGCACCGAGGGUACUACGUCAAAGGCAUCAAAUAACGUUUUGCGUC